AUGCAAGCCCUCCCUCCAACCUCAACACACACUCACACAAUAAUCCUCCUCCACGGCCGCGACAGCACGGCCAAAGAAUUCGCGGCCGAGUUCCUCGAAAGCCAGGCGUCAGACGGGCGCCAUCUGCAAGACAUCUUCCCUGGCGUACGCUGGGUCUUCCCUACCGCACCACUCGUUCCUUCCAAACGUUUCGGGUGUGAAAUGUCUCAAUGGUUCGACAUGUGGUCUACGGAAGACGUGCACGAGCGAGAAGGGGAGCAGGAUCUUGAAGGAGCGAUUGCGAGGGUGCAGGAGGUUGUGGCGAGGGAGGCGAGGGCUGUUAGGUCUGGGAAUGUCGUAGUUGGGGGGAUUAGCCAAGGAUGUGCGGUGGGCAUUCAUGCGUUGUUGGGGCUGGAGAUGGGGGUUGGAGGGUUUGUUGGUUUGUGUGGGUGGUUGCCACAGCCUGAUUCGCUUGGUUCUGUGGUUAAGGCGGAGGCGGUGAAGACUCCUGUUUUUCUGGGCCAUUGCGAGGAUGAUGAGGUGAUUGGUGUCAGGUUUGGGGAGGAACUGAGGGACUGCUUGAGGAAUGUAGGGAUGGUGGUCGAAUGGGAGCUGUAUGAAGACGGUGGGCAUUGGUUGAACGAACCGAAGGGCGUCGAUGAUUUGGUGGUGUUUCUGAACAGCGUAUUCGAGAGGAGUGUGACUUGA